UAAUAAAUGAAGCAUAUAAACUCUCGUUUACUCUUAGCAUUGACAUAAGAACAAGUCACCUUACACCCUGACAAGGCCUUUUGCAGGCAACACUAAUUGUGGACGAAGGAAACAUGACUGUGGGGAAAAAAGCAAAUUAUAAACUUUUGGGAUUGACAUCAAUUCUUAUACGCAUUGACAGACAAAAUGUCGACAAACAAAAUGAAUUAUAUUAGUAUUUUUAUUUGUCCAUAGUUGGUCUUAAUGAAUGAAUUCGCUUGACCCUCGCCAAAAUAUCCUUUCAUAACUUGCUAUAUCUGCCUCGUCCAUUACCUGUUCGCGUUAAUCUUGAAGGCGGUGAUCAAUGUAGUGAACCAAAAUUUUUUUUAUCUAUUUCAACUUCAAAUUGAAAUGGCAUGGUAUCCUCCCUCUCAGAUUGCUGUUUCCGAUUGCAUAUAUUCCUUUCACGGAGACAGAGGUUUGAUUCUAAAAAUAUAUUGCAUCCGUCUUCCAAAACUUCAACAAUAAAAACUGUCACAUUCAUUCUUCCGGUUAUUUAUCCUGUGAUUUUGAUCACUUUAAACAGGAAGCAAUAUAUAAAGUUAUAAAUUGGAGCAUGUAUGUAAUAUAAACCAAUCCCUUCAAGACUGAGACGGUAACAUAAAAUGCUACGUAAUCCUGGAAUAUAGAUGUGUUAUGGUCAGCGCAUUUGUUGAUAUGUGUUCAAAUGAUACAGCCAAUACAAAAGGCGGCAGCCCGUCUAAUAGUACUACUCAGGGGUCACUGACGACUUCUGCAUCAGUAGAAAUCAGUUCACACCCAAGUUCAAUCAUGCAUACUACCCACAAAGAUAUUAUUCAGGACAUUUUAAAAGACACCCAUACUCAGAUUAUGGGUGGUGUGAUAGGAGCCAUGCUGGUCCUGACUGUAUUCGUAUGUAUCAAGACAAGAGUUGUGCAGAAGAAACGAAAAAGAUCGAAUGAUCAUCGUGAGCAUGUUAGCAUCAAUCUACCACCAGAUGUGGAAAGGGUUGAGGAAAGGGAGUGUAACGAAAACGAGAAUGACGAUACAAAUGACCAUGAAAACUAUGCCCUGGUGAAACCCACUGAGAAGUGCUACGUAGAUUUACAGGUUGGGGAGUACGACUGUCUUCGAUCUCAGAGGAAACACAUUCAGUCUUCUUCAGAGGCCAAAAGUGAACCAUGCUAUGACCAGUUUCUAAAGCCAAGCAGUUUGUACGAUAUGACUGGCGAAUCCGAUAAGGACAAUGUCUUUCAUCCAGAUUAUGAGUAUGAAAUUGUGAAAAACAUCAACAAAAAGAAAUCUGACAGCAAGAACUUAAAAGGGGUAAACUUUGAAAUAGCUCCGAAUGUCAAAAGGAAUACGGGAUAUGAAAAUACCAAAGCGAAAAAUUCCCCAAAAGCUUCCAAUGACAUUUCACUGACAAACACCAAGAAUAGGGUCAGAGCUAAAAGUACCUUAUUGUGAACUUGCUCUUUAAUUUACAGUAGUAUUCAUGCAGGAAAGGAUAUACCAGCUAAUGAUUCACAGCAACUGUCUCUUUUUUUGUAAUACAUUCUCCUUCUGUACAACUAAAGCUACCUAGCCUAAUUUAGAAAAUCAGGAUUGUUAGCUCCUUUUUGUCCUUCUCUACAGUCUAAACUAGCCUUACUUUUACAAGGAUGAGGAUUGUUGAAUAACCUGCUAAUAGAUAUUAGAAGCUUUUUUCGCUAUAAGUUGUUGUACCUUUAAAGAUUAUGAACAAUUCAAAGUACAUUACCACCGUUGAGACAACAUGUGGAAACUAAAUAAAUGUGGAACCUAUCCUGACCCAGGAAAUAUAUCAAGUUUAGAGUAUUCUUUUUGGACAAUGUCUUGAUGUUAUCGUCAGGAACAAGUACAUGUACUUAGAGGAAAGUAUCACCAUCUUUAUCUCGUUCGACUUUGUUUGAUGACGCCAACACAAACAGACAUGUCACGUGUCAAGGGCUUAACCAAAAAAUGGGCUAAAUUUCUAUUUCCCUAUUUUAAUUGAGAGGAUAAUUCGUUUAAUUUUAAUGAGUUAAAAUUAUUUUGGGUUAGAUAUAUACAUUUGUUUAGCAUUUUAUAUGUGAACAAUGUAUUUUUAAAAUACAAUGCCAGCUGAGAAUGUACUUUGCUCUAUGGAAAUAAUCUAAUUAAAAUGUUAUAUCAAAUGUAAAUAUCAAAUAUUCUACCUGCUCUUAUAUAAAAUGAUUUUGUGUCCUAAUGAUCUAUUCGUUUUCGGAAUAACAAAUUCGAUUUUGAUAUGUGUGAAACAGGUGUCGUCCAACAGACUGCACAGUACUUCCGCUUCAAGAAUUACAAGAUUGCCAGAAGUCUCUCUAGUUAGUUAAAUGUAACUUUCAUUAAGUAAAAUUGUUCUGUAUUUUGUUCAUUUAUUUAUUUCCGUUUCACUUGCAUAAUUUAACAUAUUUUAAUUGUUCAUGACCUUUUGAUUCCUUUAUGUAUUAAAGAUAGUUAAAGUCAAUAAAUAAGAUGGGGGUUUUUUCAUCAGUCAACUGUCAGAAAACGAAAAACGAUAAAUAUUUAUACCUCGUUUCGCCUUAAUUUCUCAAAGUGUCUUUUGAGAGUAUUUACAAAAUAUCAUGGUAUCAAUGGACCCA